AUGAACUUUCAACAAAGAUUGAAUGAUAUUGCUACUCAAUCAAUAGGUUUUCCAAGUUCAAAAAUUGCUUUAUCUCAAGCAGUUUAUUCAGACCUUGUACUUGCUAAAAAAUACAAAGACGUUGAAUACAAACCUAUUUCUGGUUUAAAUAGCUGCGUCUUUUUGGUACAAGAACCAGGCAGUCUUGAACCGCUUGUUAUUUUACCUAUUUUACAAGAAGGCCUUGCUUUAUCCAUGAAAAGAAUAGCAGCUAUCUUUGAUUUAUUAUGCGAUAGUCAAAUCAAAGAUACAGCAAUAGAGUAA